GCCGAGUGUGCGCGCGAUCGAGCGACAAAAGGCGGCCACUCGAACCCUUGAUUUGCACCGAUAUUAUACAAAAUGUAUAAAAAAUACUCGUACGUAGCUAAUGGCUGCGUUAAGUGAAAGUGCGAUUGCACUAUCAGGAGGAACAGGAGCUACAAAGACCUUCUAUGUAAAGAAGGUCAUUAAGGAGCAAAGUAUGUUAAUAUCUUUGUUGAGGAGCUAACAAAACGAGAUACUGACAACCAAAGCUGACAACCAGUCUUCAAUUUUGACAAACCUGAUAGAAUCUUCAUGAAAUGUGAUACUUUAUUGUAAACAAUGUAAGCUUUAAAUUAAAUACUAUUUAAGUUAGUAUGGAUCGAAUUUCAUUGUUCGAAGAAUACAGAUUGAUUGAACGCAGCGAAUCCAACGUAAACGGUGUUUGGAAAGGAGUACACCUUCUUCUCUUCUUCAUGGCGUUCGUUUUCGGUUCCUUCUGCACUUUCUGCUUCCACAUGCUGAUGUACCUGUUUGACGAGAAGUGCGUGCUGUUUCCGAAGCUACAGUCACUGACGUCACUCAAGCACAACGUCAUCUACGAGUUCAUACCCGUGGAUAAAGAAACAUCUGACGCACUGCCCGUGGAUUUUCUGAGCAGCCAGUGGGUGGAGAAGAGUGCUUGCUACCUGCCUACGUACGUGCCGCUAGUAUCUGGAAUUUUCGGCCUUGUGUGGACCACCAUGUUUCUGAUGUGUUCCUUCGGAACACGGACACAUACAGGCUUACAAAGACCAUGGCGUGUGCUGCCACCUGUGUUCGUGUUCUCACUGGUAAUGGGCGGAGUCUGCAUCUACUCCUCUACUGUCACGCAUAUCGGAUUAAACGACCUGUGCCUGAAGCUCGGCGAAAUAACUGGUAGCUCUACCUGCUCAUACACAGUAAACGUAGCCACACUAGCAUACGAGCGCCGAAUUCGCGGCGUGUACCAAGCUAUCCACCUGACGAUCAUAUCGGCAUGGCUGCACACGUUCUGUUGGCUGCUGUCUGCGGCGCUAGCACUGGCCAGAGUGGCGCUGGCGGUGGACUUCCAACUGGUGCGCGUCAACGUAUCGCUCGUAGGAGACAUUGACAAAAUACUGGAGCAUCACGAAACUCAAAUUCGUACAGUUUCCCCGGAUCUCUGGUUCAACGAUGACAAUCCUUCACAGACGUCCACCAACAUUCCAGUACAUUUAGUCCACUUCUCUGAAUCCAAUACACAUUCCACAGACGGUGAGAUACAAGAAUUAUAUAACAGGGAUAUUUUAUACUUGUCUGAUACAAGAGAAGAAAAAUCUAAAAAUUCUUUAGUUCCAUCUGAAAGUCAGAAAUUAGCACGAAAAGCGGCUAGUGAACAGUUACCAAAAGAUAAGCAAUUCAUAGCCAAAAUUGUAUACGAUUUACUGCUCAAUGUGUACAUACACGAAAGCCAAUCAGAGCCUGUUGACAAAUCUCCAGACUCUUCCCUAUCAGAUUCUGAAAUACUUGAGAUUACUCGACAAUAUGGCCAAAUGAAAGUAAACAGAGAAUCCGAAUUUAUAGAUCUCGAUGAACCUGAUAUAAUUGCUAGAGAUAUGAGAGCAUUUAUACAAGAAAAGUUGCAUGAACAACUCCUUCAAUAUCACACGGGAGUCUCUCGCGAAGAGACGUUGAUUGAAUCUACGUUCAAUUUGCAUCAAGAAAUGAAGAAAAUUCUUGAUGCUAAAGUUACUUCUUCCUCGGGUAGUUCAGAAGAGCCUACUGAAGAAAAACCUGCUAAGAAAUCAAAUCUGAAAAACGUGUAUGUCCAAACAGACAAAAAAUCUGCAAAACCGCGCUCUCAAAAAGUACAAAUUAGUGAACCGGAAAACGUGGAACAGUCCACCGAAACAAUACAGGACGUGGACAAGGAAACCCAAACUUCUAAUAAGAAAGAAAAGCAAGAUUAGCGUAAUCUAAAAAGAAUGAAAUGCAAAAAUAUAUAUCUAAUGUCUCUGGAAUUGUUGAUUGAAGUUACCAACGUACUUUUUGUUAUAAGCGAGAAAGUAAUUUAUUUUAGGCUGAUCCGUUACUAGUCCGGUGUUUGCUUAAGAGAUUUAUAUAUGUCACAUGAUCGACUAGAUUACGCUCUAAGAACGGAGGGUUCUUCAAGGGACUGGAGAAACAUUUUUUGUAAAAUAUUAAAUGAGUACCUAACUGUUUAAACUCCUUUAUUAUUUUGCGAAAAUUAAUUGUUUUGGUUGCCACCACACACUUUUAAGGUCAAUUUAGCGCAAAACACUUGUUUUGCUAAACUCUUACGUAAAAUGCCGCAAGUUGAGCGCGCAGCGAACGUGAACUUGACUCACUUACACAACCCUCAUUGAAUAGUGGAAUCAGCCCAACAUUAAAAUAGUCCGUAAAUUUCCUAAAUAACGCUAUAAAAAGUAUUGUCAAUAUGUAUUAAACUAUGUAUGUAGGUAGAUAUUUCUUUAUGAAACAUAAUUUUAUUAAUACAUAAUUAGUGUGAGUGUUAGAAAUUUUUAUUUUUAUGAAUACUUGCUCUAAUUUCAUAACUUUAAUUAAAAUUUUAUUUAAUAUUCAAAACAACAUCGUGAUGAUGGAGUUUCAUAUGUAAAUUAUGAUUUUAUUUUAAAGUCUCAAAUAGAAAAUGUUAUUACCUGUUACCGUAGAUAUUACUAAUUAAGUUAAAAUUAUUGUUACUUACAUAGUAAACUAUUAUGUAUACCAUUAUAUUAACAGAACAAAGCUCACCGAGUGCAUUAAACAUAAAUACUUUGAAGAUGAAUAGAUUUAUUUUAAAACGUGAUGCCGUGCCCUUGUCCUGUUCUCUGGUGUUAGUUCAACAUAUUUCAUCAUAUAGUAUUUAAAUGUUACGAAAUUGUACUUAUUACUAUUAUUAUUAUGCUAAAAGGGCUCAUUAAAAAAACGAUGAUAUUAUAAGCUCCUGCACAGAUUAUCUGAUGUAAAUGUGACUUUCAAGCGAACAAACAAUUCCACUUUAAGGUUUGAGUUUAUCAUAUUCAACAUAGUCUGUUCAAAAAGAAUUUCAAAUAAUUAUGAAUUUGCUAGAGGUUGUUCUUUUGUUUCGAUUUUUCAUGGCGUUAUUUUGGGUACUUAGAAUGAUGAUAAGGACGGUUAGUUCUAAUUUGAACGUUUAUUCAAUUCUGGACAGUAACAUAUUUUGUUUGGAUGGGUUUUGACUCGUCUUCGAUUUUUGCAAAUUCAAAAAAAAAUAUCAAAUAGUCUGCAUUAUAUUUUGUGUGAAAUUAAGUACACGAAUACAUUCCGAGUGUUGACUGUGUGUGGCUGUGUAAAGCUACCUUGGUCCAAAACAAUUUUAAUCAGUGGUUAAAAAUGUUCUUACAAAGGCGAGAAAAUGUGGAUAAUAAACAACGUGCCCGAAAUUGUAUUAAUUUUUGGACUGACCUCG